AUGGGAUUUAAAAAGUAUUCUGAACUUAUCUCACAUCUUCUUAUAGCCGAGCAACAUAAUGGGCUAUUAAUGAAAAACCAUGAAAGCCGACCUACUGGUUCUUGUCCAUUCCCUAAAGUGAAUGAGACGAACUUCCACCAAGCUAAACGUGGAAGAGGUCGUGGCCCCAGUCGUAGUCAUGGCCGUGGUCGGGGAAGAAAUCCCAAUCAUGGUAAUAAUAAUGCACCAAAGAACCCUCCUCGCCACCAGCAGUGGAAAAGGAAGGAACAAAAGCAUGAAGCGGUGCAAGCACCAAAUGCAAAAAGUGCAUGCUAUAGAUGUGGAGGAAAAGGGCACUGGUCACGUACCUGCCGUACGCCAAAGCACCUGGUUGAGCUUUAUCAAGCCUUCCUGAAGAAGACAGCGAAAAAUGCUGAAGCAAAUUUUAUUUCUGAAGAUAAUUUAGACUUCAUGCAUUUGGAUAUAGCUGAUUACUUUACACUCCCAGAAGGAGAAACAAGUCAUGUAAUCGGUGGUGAAUCUGCAGAAAUAUAA